AUGGGUGUGCAGGAAAUUGUGAACGCGAUUGAGCCUCUCCAAGGCGAUGUUAUCCCGAUCAAGACGAUUCAGGAAGUGGUCCCUAUCGAAGAAUUUGGCGACGCAUAUAUCGCAGAGGUCAAUGUCAAAGCCGCUUCCAAAGUCAUCAAAGCCCUUGAUGCUGCUUUCAAAACCGAUCCUCCAUCGCCCUCGCUACCUCACUUGCGCCGCUUUGCCAAACGUGACGCCCUCCCCGGAUCGGUACGAGCAGCCAUUGAAGCUGUCAAAACGGAUGCAGGACACCAUAUCCCCACAAUUUACGUUGUCAUUCCACCUCCCCUUCCUAGUCUCGACGAACUUUUGGAAGUACUCGCCCCGUAUGCGCCAGAAACCUACAAGCCCCGUUCUUCGCCUGCGUCAGACCAGUCUUCCCCAGAACCUGCACCAUCGAAGAUAACCAUUGUCAAGUCCAAGAUCCCUCUUUCGCCUCCAUUCAGUAUUGCACAAGCAAAUAAAUGGACCAAAAACCUUUGGCCUGUCACCUUCAACCCCGCUGCGCCCCGCUCAACUGUUGCACCUCCUCCACAGGUCCUCGCUCGCGCCCAAGAUUCUAUCCGUCCUCGCGCAGGCUAUUAUCUCUCUCUCGCACGCGAAGUCGCUAAGGAAGCUCUCGAGUCCGGCCGUGGGCGUGGUGUUGGUGCAGUCAUCGUUGACCCUAGCCUUGAAGAGAAGCUCGAGGCCGCAGCUGCGGAAACUGGCUCUUCUAGCAUCGAUCGCUGGUCGGAGGCAGUUGUUGCUGUUAGCGGUGAUGCUCGCUACAACCGCUCAGAAGGCGGCGCGCUCUCGCAAGCAGCCUUGCACCAUGGUAUGGGCCCAAACCCAGCUACUGAGACAUACAACUCGGAUCUUGAGGGCGGUCCGGAUCUUCACGCUUUGAUGCGCGCCAUUGACCUCGUUGCUCGCGGACGCAGAGAAAACAACGAAGGCGCCGCCGACGCGACCUCUCCUCCUGUUCUAGUUGCUAGUACUCUAGACCUUCAGUUAUCAAGCGACCUUACUCCGCUGGAAUCGUAUUUCUUCUCAGACGUCAACGGCAUGCAUCAUCCUUCUACCGCAUCGUCCCCUGUGGCUUCUGCGGACUCGCCUUGCUCUCCUAAGAAAAGGAAGCUCGAAGAACCAAACCCCGAGUCCGGCUCUGCUUCCCUGGGUGUCUUGCCCACUAACUCCCUUUCGCCUUCUCCCCUCGAUCCUGCGAAGCAAUUGGUUGAUCCUCCCCUCCCUGCGCCCCCGCCAUCAACCAUGGCUGCGUCUGCGAGUUCUGGGCUUACAACCCCGCCGCCCACUUCAGCUCCUACUAUAGAGGGCAUCCACGUCGAUCAUCCCACUGCAACGACUAAAGCAUCCCGCAUCCGUUCCCGCUCUGAGGGCGGCUACCUCUGCACAGACCUGGACGUCUACGUUUCUCAUGAGCCAUGUGUGUGCUGCUCGAUGGGCAUGCUCCUCUCACGCUUCCGAGCCGUCGUCUUCCCUCGUUCGGGUCGCAUGGAGACUGGCGGCAUUACCUCCGAGCCCGCCAUUGCCCCUAUGCGUGUUGAGGACGAGAGCGACUGGGGUGGUUCUUUUAGUGGUGAGCCUUGGGGCGAUUCUGCAGAUGAAGAUGUGGACAAAGCCCCUGAGCGUGUGUAUUACGGACUACACUGGCGCAAGGAAUUGAACUGGCGUGCUUUGGGAUUUGAGUUUGUUGAAGAUGACGUUUCUGAGGAAUCCUCGACUGGAGUUAAUGUGGCUUUCCAUGCUUGA